AUGUCGCUGACCGAUCACGAACUCGCCGCCAUCACGGUUGCUGAAAGGACAAAUUCAAUCCUCUCGGUCAUCGGAACGACCGUCGUGAUAGGCACGUUCCUGAGCUCACAGGCCUUUCGCAAACCCAUCAAUCGUGUCGUGUUUUAUGCCUCUUGGGCCAACAUUCUCACCAACGUUGGAACGCUGAUCUCUCGUUCUGCCAUUGUGAGAGGCGAGAAGGCGACUACUCUUUGCCGGUUUCAGGCUUUUAUAAUCCAGUGGCUGACCAGUGAGCGGUGGUGCAGGUUCAUGCCCGCCGACGCAUUAUGGACGUUUGCCAUGGCGUUCAACGUCUAUUUGACGUUUUUCCACAAGUACGAUGCUUCAAGCUUGAGGAAUCUGGAAUGGAAAUACCUCGUGUUGUGUUAUGGCUUGCCUUUCAUCCCACCAUUCGUGUACUUUUUCGUCUCCACCAGUUCCAAGGGACCUAUCUACGGCUCUGCGACGUUAUGGUGCUGGGUGUCUAUCGACUGGGACAUUCUCCGCAUUGCAGUCUUCUAUGGCCCAGUCUGGUCCGUCAUCCUCCUCACCUUCGCCAUCUACGCGCACGUCGGCAUUGACAUAGCUCGAAAACGGCGGCUUCUUCGGAGCUUCAAUAACGAUGUCCGUUUGGAGACUCGGUUGAACAAAUUCUUUGAGAUCCAUGCAUCCAAAGUCGUUCAUAUCACCAGCGAGGCGGCGAACAGCCACAGCAACGGCCAUAUUAACAGCAACAGUAGCAGCACCUCCAUGAAUGAGCAGGUAGUCGGAAAACCCGAGGGAAGGAUUUCUCUAGGCCAUUAUCCCGCAUACUCGGUGACUGUUGAAAGGGGCGAGGAUAUCCCAGAGCCACCGUCGGCGACUUCAGAAGCGAGAAGCUCCAGCUUUCAAUUCUCGUCGGGUUCCCGACGUCUACCGCGGACCGAGGUCAAUCCGGUCAAUUCUGCGGCAUUCGCGUAUUGCAAAUACGCCAUGUUGUACUUUAUUGCUUUGCUGGUUACAUGGGUACCAUCGACUAUAAACCGAGUAUACAGCCUUGUAUAUCCGAAAGACGCCAACUUCGGACUCGAGUUUGUCUCUGCUUUCGUGCUUCCCUUGCAGGGAUUCUGGAACAGCAUCAUCUAUGUUGCUGUUUCCUGGUCCACGAUUAUGGAUUUCGCUCGACGCUGGCGCGCCCAUCGCCCUCCAAAAGAGUCGUCUUGUAGAGUCAACACAGCAAUGAAAUUGAAGCGGUUUGUUGCGAGAGAGAGUAUUCGUCGAUACCACGACGCAGCAGGCCUCGGUGGACCGCAGCAUUCGGCGGCUUCUGGCGACACGGAGAGUACGACGCAGUUAGCGAGAGAUGAUGCAGGAGUAGAAGGGCAACAACAGCAACAACAGCAACAACAAGCCCCUCCAGCCGCUUCCCCCUCUCCCCCACCCCCUGCUCCGAUCCCCUUGACUCCAGGACCGCGCGCAACUCGUCUGCAGGAUAUCUACAGCAAGGCUCUUCGCGCGACCCUCAAAUCAAACUCAUACGAAAACUUUGCUGCUUGCUUCCCGACGCCUGCGCGACAUGUGCCCGCCAGUCUGGAAUCAGUGCAUCGUCAAUUGAAUGCUAAAUUAGAGGAAGGUGCCACGGCUGAGUUCAACGACAUCAUCAAAGAGCGCGAUGUCAUCAAGGGCUUGAAUGAGCUAGAUAGAUUGGUUGGAGAAGCCAGGCGUCGCAAAAGCCAGGGCGAGAGUGAGACUGCUGUGCCUCCGCACAUGCUUAAUGCAGAUGAUCUAUAUCGAGCUCACCUGACUCCCUAUCUACAACAAGCCGAAAGUGCUCUAAACGCCAAGCUUGAGGAGGCACAGUCUCAGAAUGCAGCGCUUGCAGAGAGAGUUAUAGCCCAGCGACAGGAGAUCGAGUCGCUGCUUUCGGGACUGGAAGCUGUAAUGGCUGACCUGGAAGGUUCGGCUAAAACAUCGACUCAGUACAGCAAGGCGCACAGUCUGCGACAGGAGAGUUUGCUGAUAGAUGAGGAAGUGAGAAAAGCGGACUGA